AUGACUGUCCCCAAACCCCAAGUCACCCUCGAGGGCGAUUGCUCCACCAUCCACAGCAACACCCUCUAUGUCUUCUCACGCGGCAACUUCCUAUCAAUACCGCUCCGAGAGAACGGAAACUGGACCGAACUGCCAAAAGGAACAUCGGUUACUGGCGCCGCUUGUGUACAGGGUGGAUCCAAGGGCGAUGAGGCAUUCUAUGUGGUCGGCGGGACCGGCCCUGCUGGUUACGAUGGCCUGCAACAGUUUUCGUUCAAGGACCAGAAAUGGCAAAACUUGACAAUGUCCUCGCAGGAGAUGGCUAAUCGAACUGGCCACGGUGCCGGGUACAUUUCCUCGUCAUCCCAGAUCCUCGUCUACGCAGGUAUGACAGAUGGAAGCACUGUCAGCUCUCAAUCCACCUUGCUUAUUUCAACAACUUCCCCAUACGUCGUGACCUCUGGUCUUGACCAGGGUGCUCCGGCUUUGUAUGAGCCCAUUCUUUUGCCCUGGAGUGAUUCUCAAAUCGCCAUGAUUGGAGGCUCUGCCACCAACACGGCUGUUCACAUCUAUGACGCUGAAGACAGCAAAGGCUGGACUCUCUCGGAGGCGACUCUUCCCUAUGCAAUUCCAACUAACUCUCGAUGUACCCUUGCUUCCGACUCUGAGAAAAACAUCGUUCUCGAGGAGUUUACCAUGAACUCUUCGCCCAACAGUGUUUCUAGCUACCUACUCAGCUCCAAGGGAAAGCUGCAGAGCCCAGCCACUACAAUUGGAAAGAGGAGUCUGACGGAUUCUUCGUAUAACAGCACAUUAGCUCCCUCCAACAGCUGGUCAAAUUUUGCUCUCGCCCAGGGCGAUGAUAUGGUUGUCCUCUCCAAUGGUGGGGGUCAUGAUUCAUUAGCGAUCUUCAACCAGACCUCGAAUGGUUGGGUGAAUGCGACGGAAUUGUUCUAUGGAACCGGAGAUCAGAAUGUUCUCAAGCCAUCCACUACGUCGUCAAUCACGUCGUCUACCCCCACAGCUACUUCAACCACUUCGACAUCGACCUCCGCGACGGCCACUCCCUCAUCCACUUCUGCCGCAGCUGCCGGUGGCGGUUUGAGUGAUCACGCUAAAACUAUACUUGGUGCAACUCUUGGAAGCGUCCUCGGAUUCGGCUUGAUCUUGCUUAUCCUUCUUUUCCUGAUUCGACGCGAAAAGCAAAAGAAACAGCAGCAGUCCGGCAAAGCUGGUGGCGACAGCAAAGACCGACUCAGCUUCCAGGAUCAGGGCAUAGAACCCCUGACCGAAGGCGCCUAUCCCAUGGCAAGGUCUCCCGUUCCGGUCGCCGCUGCUUCGGCAGACUCACUGGCUAUUAUGACCGGAAAGUACAAUGGAGAGAAAUCUCUCAAGCCACCCAAUGCGACGGGUUACGGACUGUCUCAUCCCCGCAAGAGCAGCCCGCUCUCCACAAUUCCCUCCAGCGGUGCCAUGGGCGCGUCGAGUGUCUACACUGAUGAAACGGAAGGAGGUACAGACCCCAGCCGUGGCAACCAGCCUGGGGAUCGGAGCACGGACGAAGGAUGGGGCAAGUACUUUGAAGAUAACACAACCACCACCAACCUGGCUGGAAUGGCGUCUGAUCGCUCGACCAUGAGUUCCGUCUACACCAAGUCAGACUACCGCGGUAGCGCCUGGCCAAUGUCAAACCUGACACCAUUGAACCUGGGAUUCCUCGACCAACCCAAGCCCUUGGGCCGUGUCAUGAGCGCCAGCCCAACCACAGAAAACACCUCCGAAAUAGGCGGCCGAAGCCUUGUCAUCCCCGAGAGCCAAUCGGCACGAAUCUCCUCUGCAGACUCAAUCAGUAUUGCCUCGGAAAGUGACCGGGACGAAAAUUGGCAAGGUGCCGGCCACUCUAGCUGGCUGGGACGACCCAGCAGCAGCAACUACAGCAACAGCUUCUACAACUCGAGCACGCGCGAUUUGCCCGGUACCUCAUCAUAUACAGGCCUUGUCGAUAAGACAAGGAAUUCAAACGUACGGAGAUCCAGCGCGAUCAUCCCAGAGGAUAUGGACGAGCUGCCGAUGCAAGGGCGGAGUAACAACGUCAAUUCAGAUAUGAGCUGGCUCAAUCUUCAAGCUGAUCGUUGA